CAAAAGCACCGAAGGAUACUUAUUUGUCAUUAAAAAAUGUGGGCCUUCUUAGUGAUCACGCUUGUCCUGGCUGUCAGGGCUUCAGACACUAACAACAACACAGAGGUUGAAGAACAGCUUGAUAUAGCCAGAGGUAAACUGCUGGCUCCCAGUGUGGUCGGAUGAGGCAUAAAGAAAAUGCCCGAGCUCCAUCAUUUUCUUCUGGAGCGCUGGGCUUUAUACCACAACUUGGAAUACGAUUCAUCGGAGGAGAAGAAUCCCCAUCUGAUAUUCUAUAACCAAAAAGACGAGGUUGUAAAGACUGUUCCUGUGAAGGAAAUGAAGGCAGAGGAGAUCAGCAGCCUGUUGGACUCACUAGGUUUCUACAAGAGGACCCAGAAAGGGGAAGAGGUGCCAGAGGAGUUCCAGCAGUUCCCCCUGCGCCCCCCCAAGGACGAGCUGUGAUGACACCUUGUGGCCAAACGCUGCCACUGCACCCGGGUCACAUUAAUGACGAGUGGGGCCCCAAGGCUAAAACGAUAAGCCAGGCACCAUUCCGAGGACCUGCUGGCCCGGUGCGGUGUGCAGCGUGUUAGUCAUCGCUGUGUUACUCAGUUUAUAUGCCUUAAAUACAAAUUAUUAAAAAAGAUGGAGUGGAUUGAGUCAUUGAUUGUGCCCGAGGUCCCUGUUAGGCUACUAGUCACCUGGAAAGCUUGUGUACCUUGUGCGUCACUAGGGAAAACAUUUUUCUUUUCAGUUUGAUGUUUUUUUUAUUAUUUUGGCUGUGUUAUUGCAUAACCUCAACUCCUAUAAAAAGUAUUUUAUACAUUGUCUAGCUAAAAUACAGACACCCAGACCCUUAAGGACAAAAGUGUCUCCAUUUAAACUAAUUUAAAAUAAGAAAUUAUCCCGCAGCCAGCAUUAAAAUAAAGCUUCUCAAUAUCUGGCUUUUAAUCAGGAGCCCUGGAUUCACAUUUUUAGUUUUUUUCUAUUUUCUACAAAAUGUAUACAUUUUUCCAUGUUUCCACUAUGGGGGUAACGCAUUCUCUAAUGCUGCACACACAAUACAAAUGCAUCUUAUAAUCAAUGUUUUACCAUUAUUCCAAACAAGAAAAUCCUAUCAUAUAUUAUACAGAAAUGUAUACAUUUUGUAUUUGUUUUUUCAGUAAGAAAACAGUUGAAUUUUGCAAG